AGCCAGGGGCCGUGGAGAAGGGGGCGUCGGGAGACCCGCGCUCUGACUUCUCCACCCAGGUGAACUCCUCGUCCCUCAACUCCCCCACGGGGCGUGGCUCCAUGGCCGCCCCCUCACUGCACCCCUCUCUGGGGCCUGGCAUCGGCUCCUCGCUCGGCUCCCCUGGACAGCUGCACUCGCCCAUCAGCACCCUGAGCUCCCCCAUCAAUGGCAUGGGCCCACCCUUCUCGGUCAUCAGCUCCCCCAUGGGCCCCCACUCCAUGUCAGUGCCCACCACGCCGACCCUGGGCUUUGGCACCAGCAGCCCCCAGCUCAGCUCACCCAUGAACCCCGUCAGCAGCAGCGAGGACAUCAAGCCCCCACUGGGCCUCAAUGGUGUCCUCAAAGUCCCGGCCCACCCGUCAGGGAACAUGGCGUCCUUCACCAAGCACAUCUGUGCCAUCUGCGGGGACCGCUCCUCAGGCAAGCACUACGGGGUGUACAGCUGCGAGGGCUGCAAGGGCUUCUUCAAGCGCACGGUGCGCAAGGACCUGACCUACACCUGCCGAGACAACAAGGACUGUCUGAUCGACAAGCGCCAGCGCAACCGCUGCCAGUACUGCCGCUAUCAGAAGUGCCUGGCCAUGGGCAUGAAGCGGGAAGCCGUACAGGAGGAACGGCAGCGGGGCAAGGACAGGAACGAGAACGAAGUGGAGUCCACGAGCAGUGCCAACGAGGACAUGCCAGUGGAGAAGAUUCUGGAGGCAGAGCUGGCUGUCGAGCCCAAGACCGAGACGUACGUGGACGCGAACAUGGGGCUGAACCCCAACUCGCCCAACGACCCCGUCACCAACAUCUGCCAGGCAGCGGACAAACAGCUCUUCACGCUGGUCGAGUGGGCCAAGCGGAUCCCGCACUUCUCUGAGCUGCCCCUGGACGACCAGGUCAUUCUGCUGAGGGCAGGCUGGAAUGAGCUGCUCAUCGCCUCCUUCUCCCACCGGUCCAUCGCCGUGAAGGACGGGAUUCUCCUGGCCACCGGGCUGCACGUCCACCGGAACAGCGCCCACAGCGCAGGGGUGGGCGCCAUCUUCGACAGGGUGUUGACGGAGCUCGUGUCCAAGAUGCGGGACAUGCAGAUGGACAAGACGGAGCUGGGCUGCCUGCGUGCCAUUGUCCUCUUCAACCCCGACUCCAAGGGGCUCUCGAACCCAGCGGAGGUGGAGGCGCUGCGGGAGAAGGUCUACGCGUCCCUGGAGGCCUACUGCAAACACAAGUACCCCGAGCAGCCAGGAAGGUUCGCCAAGCUGCUGCUCCGUCUGCCGGCUCUGCGCUCCAUCGGCCUCAAGUGCCUGGAACAUCUCUUCUUCUUCAAGCUCAUCGGGGACACGCCCAUCGACACCUUCCUCAUGGAGAUGCUAGAAGCCCCCCACCAAAUGACUUAGGCCCGCCGGCCCGGCCGCCCGGCCUGGCCGCUCUUCUCAGC